GUGCAAUUAUUUUCGUAUAAAAAUAAGUGACAACUAUUGUUAUGGUAAUAAAAAAUAAAUCAUUUUAUUGAUUAAAACUUUGAUAAUUGAAUUUUUUUUAAUCAGUGAUAUAUCCUUUUGUUUUCGAUAUGACCCUUUUUCCAUCCGAUUAUAAUCGACAACCCACACACCUUUUUUUAGGUUUAGUUCGGAUUAAGUUUCUCCGAUGCCACACAACACAACCACAUCACCACUACGAAGGAACGGGUACCAAGCUUCUUCAAUUGACACCUCACACCACUCGAAAGCACUCCAAUCCAUUGUUCCCGCUCCAACAGGUUCUGUAUUAGACUCUCCUGAACAGGUGGCCCUUAUUGAUUUUUUGCUCCUGUUUACUGUUUACUAUAGUUUCCACGUCCAUAUAGCACCAACUCUUCCUACCGGCUACGUGUUGGAGAUACGACUGACUGACCGAAGAGCCGAAGUGCCGGGAGGCAGCCGACCCCCACCCCUCGCUAUCGGACCAAUCGGGUGCCUCCCUCGUGCCGGGCUGGCCAACCUUACAACCGGCGACUUUAACGUACCACUUGGUCAUAAAUAUUUACUAAGGCCCUCUCGAUAG